UAAUAUAUCCACACCUGCCAUAGGCAGAUAUCUAGUACAAAAGAAAACUAAUCUGACCACUGCAAGAUAAAACAAUGAUUUCCUUAAAUUGAACUAUUAUUUAGAGUUAUCAAAUGUUGUUUUCCAGGUAUGUUGGAGAAAAAAAAUAUCUCUCAAAUUUAAAUCUUCAGCAAAACCACAUUGCUUUGUGCUUCGUUCCUCACAACAAAGCUGUGUGUGUAAGUCAAGUUGCUUGGGCCCCACAUGCAUCAUUUCUGACGUGCUUUGGGAGUCCCAUCCCUAAAACAUAAACCCCAGAGAAAAAUCUCUGUGUUUAACCCAGGCUCUUUGGGGAAAGCUUGCUGUUUUUCAGGUGUUGCAAAGAACGUUUGGCAAUUUGUCCUGUGGGUGUGGGAUAAGGCUUAAAUCUCCCAGGCUUGCCAGGGCUGCGAUGGGGACACUGGUGGAGCUUGUAUGACACCUUCAGCCCAACGAGCAGUGAGGACUUUCCUGAGAAUAACUCAGGAUCUGCUGUGGACCAGAAAAGGUGAUUUUUUGUGAAUUUUGAGGCAGGUUUGUGCUGGAUGACAUGAGGCUCAGUGUCUCUGUCAGCCAUUUGAAAGCUCUGUACAUUACCCCCAGGAUCCUCUCUCAUCACCCAGCUGGUGAGGUCUUGUCCAUGUGUGGUUUCAUGGCAAUAGAAGAGAACUGCAGAAGCUCCAGCAUAUCAAGGCAAAAUAAUGCGAUAAAAAAAAAUGCAACAAAGAGAUGAAGAAAGAAGGGGAGAAAGGGGACAAUACAUGUUCAGUAGCACCUCUACACAGUACCAUUGGAUGAGUGCAGUCUGAGCGAGCCCAGAAGGAGCAGAGCACAGACGGUAUUUAGAAGAUAAGAGCGAGCAGCUCACAGCAAGCCCUGAUUCCUCUUGCAGAGAAGGGAAACACAACCCUGAGCUCCAAAGGGCAGCUAUGGGCAGGAGUGACCAUGAAGAGCUGUGUUUGUGUUCACUGGGUUGGGAACAGAAAGCUGAGACCAGUGCGAGUGAGACCACUUGUGAAAAAUUUCCAAAAAAAGAGAAAUCCUGGAAAAAGGGUUUUCUUAACCAGUGUGCCCACUGCCCUGCAGAAGCAGAAACCCUGUCACCAAGCAAUGUUGUGAAGCUAAGGUCUCUCCUCAAGGAAAAAUCCCAUACCCCAGGAUGUCUGAACUCUAAUCCUAAUUCUGAAUUCAAACAAUGGAUAAAAAUUCCUUAUAUUGGUAGAUCCAAGGGGCACAAGAAUCAUAGAAACAUAAAAUCAUUUAGGUUGGAAAAAGAUGAUAUGUAAGAACAGACAAACAAGGGAAGGAUGGAUUUUCCACCCUGUGUGAAAAACUAUUUAUUUAUUUAUUUAUUUAUUUAUUUGUUUUAAUGUCUAUAUAUGUGUGUAUAUGCAAUAGAGCAUCCUUUUUCCUGCUGGCUACCUAAUGCAUUUAUGAAUCUAGAGCUGCAACCAAGAGGAGCCAAUGAUUUAGCCCUAGUCACUGACCUUUUGAGACACACCUUGUCAGAGUUGUUCACAUUCAUGUCAUUGGUUUAUAAUUCCAAUUAGAAGGGAAAGGUUUUCUCUUGAAGCUAUAAAUACGUAGAAUUGCAAACAGGUAUGCUAGUCUCACAAUAAUUGAUCCAAACACAUCACUAGAGAGUCAGAAAAUCACUCUAACAUGGUCUGUAAUCUAUUUAAUUAAACUGGCAAAUUAAGGUGCAUUUAUUUCUCCAUAAAUAAGAAACUUCCCCCUAGGGGAAAAUAAAUCAUAUUUCUAUACCCAUUGGAAAGAAUCUGGAUUGUUCAUGAGAAGAGGUCAUUGGCAAGAUCUUUUCCAAGAUCAAUUCUUUCCAGUGUGCUGGCCAGGGAACAAGCUCCAGCUUUAAUAUUUUUUUUUUCCAUAUUGUGACCUGCUGGCUACUGCUUUUUUUUUGAUCAUCACUCUGCCCAUUGAGGGUAGCUGUCAUUUUUUCUCCAUAUAAGCAUGUCUGUUCACCCAGGAAACACCAAAUCCUGCUUUAUCCUCAGGCACUGUGUAGUUCUGCAAGCUGGAGAAAUGAUUUCACCUCUCCUCUGUGUUUCUCUCCAUAUCCUCUGUGCCAGAACCAGGAGCAUGACUGGGGGAAACCACUCGGGUGUGACAGAGUUUGUCCUCUUGGGCUUCACCCACCUGCAGGAGCUGCUCUUCAUGAUUUUCUUACUCAUCUACAUCACCACUCUGGUGGGGAACCUGGGAAUGAUCGUCCUCAUCAGGACCGACCCACAGCUUCACACCUCUAUGUACUUCUUCCUCAGCCACCUCUCCUUCCUGGACAUCUGCUAUUCUUCAUCCAUAACUCCAAAGCUCCUGUCGGGCCUCCUCACUGGUAGGAACGUCAUUUCUUUCAAUGGCUGCAUCACACAGUUUUUCUUCUACGCGGUCUUCAUCACCACGGAAGCCAUCAUCCUGGCCAUGAUGGCAUAUGACCGCUACGUGGCCAUCUGUCAGCCUCUGCACUACGUGGUUGUCAUGUCCCACAGGAUCCGUGUCCGGCUGGUGGUGGGCUCCUACACUGCCGGAGGUCUGAACGCCUUGGUGCAUACUGCUGGUCUCCUCCGACUGUCCUUCUGCGGCCCAAAUGUUGUCAAUCACUUCUACUGUGAAAUCCCACCACUCCUGCUGCUCUCAUGUUCUGAAACCUGGCUCAAUGAGGUGGUGAUGAUCUUGUGCAUCACCUUCAUUGUCACCACCACAGCCCUGGCCAUCCUCACCUCCUACGCCUUCAUCCUGCUUGCUGUCUGGAGCACCCGCUCUGUGGAGGGCAGGCACAAGGCCUGCUCCACCUGCACCUCCCAUCUGAUGGCUGUUGCCCUCUUCUACGGCUCUGCAGCUUUCCUGUACCUCCACCCCCUCUCCAGUCAUGCAGAAGAGGAAAGAAAAAGAGCCUCGGUCUUCUACACCAUGGUGAUUCCCAUGCUCAACCCUUUCAUCUACAGCCUGAGGAAUGUGAAGGUGAGGAUUGCCCUCAGAAGAGCUGUGAGGAAGCCCCUCUCCUGCACGUAUUGCCACCAGUCUCCCCCCAGCAAAACUCAUAUGGCUGUCACCUGACAGAGCUGAGGCAGCAGAAGAAAUAAGUCAGACACCUGAUGUAUUGAGGGCACUGCACAUUCCUGCACGUCUGUUCAGAAGACCUCCUUCUGCCUUGUGUUGAACACCGCAUGAAUUGUGACUGAACCCCAUGAUGGGGUCCUGUGAAGAAGGAAUUACCCAUAAUUAUGAUAUCUGAUAGAAUGAAGAAAAACAGCCUUAGAAACACUUCCAUUGUUUGUGACACUUUCAAAGGAAAGUGACACUGCUAGAACCUGCACAUCCAAUACCUUUUGCUGAGGAGGAUUUAUGCUAAGUCACAAUAAUAUUUGAAUUCUGUCGGCUAAAAGAGGUGGCUGAGAGCAGAAGACAAGCUAAAUAAAAAAUACAUCAUGGGGAGGGACAAAGCUUUUUGUCACUUUGGUUUAAAUUUUUCUAAGUAGUUGCCUUAGGUUUUGCUUUAGUACAAUGUACCUGAUUUAUUAUUUUGUUUGGCUUGUCCAAGGAUAGUCCAGGCAGAGAUUAUUUUCCAUCCCAGCUGCAGCUUAAUAAUUAUUUCUGUUUCCAGGUUUCAGAGACGGGGUUUGAGUCAUCUCAGUCCAGUAGUCAUCAAUUCUAAUUGUAGGCUUUCAUAUCUGGGUUAGUCACCACUAGUUCCCCUUUCAGAUACAACUAUGCAUCUGGGGACCUUGAUUCAUCUGAUCUAUUUUUAACAUGCCCAUCAUGGCGACAUUAAUUUUUCUGGAAAAUAUGUUUUUUCCACUUGCUGCUUGGCAGCUGAGGAUAGGAUGACAUGUAGCCAUGGCAAAUGCAGAUUUUGUCCAGAGCAAUCACAUUCAGGCUAUUCUGAAGGGUAUAUUUAAGCACAAGGGAAAGCAUCAGAUCCUCAUGCUGAUGUUCUGAUGUUCAAAAAUGCCCUCAAAGGGAGAAAGAGAAACUAGCUUUUAGUCAAUGUUUUAUAACUCAGCUGUACAUGUUGCUCAACAUGCAAGGGAG